CCACAAUGCAUUUUAUUUCCAACAUGGCGUCGUAAACAACAAAGCUAAGCUUUGCUAGCUAAACCAAAACACGGCUGAAUAUAAAACGGGAUUGUACGACGUUUAACGUUUAUUUUGAAGGGUGCAGGAAGAUGAAAGGGUUGCUAGCAGCAUUAAAAAGAGCCCACAGCCCAGCUGUUUACAUCUGUCGGAGCUGUCACGCCCAAAGCAUCGAGUUAUCUCUGAAAAAUCAUCCUGAGCUCAUGGUGGGGUCAAGCCGGGAACUGCUGCAGAAACUCGGCUCUCAGGUGGAGGUGAGGACGGGCUUCAUCACGGAGGAGGAGGAGGCUGCUCUGGUGCAGGAGCUGGAACCAGGACUGAAGAAGAAACGCUACGAAUUCGACCACUGGGACGAUGCAAUUCACGGUUACAGAGAGACGGAGCGUCUGAGUUGGGGGCCAGCCUGUGAGCAGAUCCUGAACCGUGUUCGAUCGGUGGCCUUUCCUGAGGGUAGUCCUCUUCUCGGCCCUGUUCACAUUCUGGAUUUGGACAAAAAUGGCUACAUCAAGCCACAUGUUGACAGUGUGAAGUUUUGUGGGAGCACCAUUGCUGGCUUGAGCCUUUUGUCAGACAGCAUCAUGCGUUUAGUGAAGGAGGAUCACUCUCAGGAAUGGCUGGACCUGUUGCUGUCUCGACGCUCCCUCUACAUAAUUAGGGACCAGGCCCGGUACAACUACACUCACGAGAUUCUCAAAGAUGAAGAUUCCUUCUUCAAUGGGAGAAGAGUUCCUCGUCAGCGGCGGAUCUCUGUCAUCUGUCGAAACCUUCCAGUGUAACGCCCACUCCGCCUCAGUUUGGCUGAGAACAGGUUACUAACUCAACUGAGGACUGUUUUGAUGAUCUGCUUUGACUUCUCAACGCUGCAGGGACACACGAUCAUAUAGCAUGAGCUGCUGAUGAAGUUUUAAGUGCUAGAAUUUGCACGUCAAUUAUAAUAAAAAUUAAAUUUUCA